CAUUCCAAUUAAAUGCAAUGUCAAGAACAAAUUUGAAAAAAUAAUAAUAAUAACUGUUUAAACAGUAAUCACAAAAGAGAAACCUUGCAUUCCUUGUGCAUGUGAGAGAGACGGUCCUGCUUCCCCAAACCACUUUCUUCAAUCUUCCAGAUUUGUACAAAGUGUCUCUGUCGUUUUGGUCAGUAAAGAAACCAGACCACGAGGAGAAGGAAUACCACAGAGGAAGGUUGAUGAUGGCGGCGGCGGCGGCAGUGAGACGAGGAGCUUCAGAAGCAUUUUUUAUUGGGUCCCAAGUUCAGCGAUGCCUAAUGAAAAUAACGGGUAUGAUUCUUCCAUCACUUUUGUCUAGCAAAGACUCCGACUCCAUUUCUUCUUCUAGCAGGAUCAGUAGCAGUAGCUGUAGCAGUAGAUACAAACACAAAAAUGAUGCUUCUUCUUCUUCGUUUAGAAACAUUGAUGAUGCCCUUGCUUCUUUCAAUCACAUGAUUCAUAGGAAACCUCUGCCAUGUAUUAUCCAAUUCACCAAAUUAUUGUCUGCAAUUGUCAAAAUGGGACAGUAUUACGAUGUUGUGAUUUCUCUUUCCAAACAAAUGGGUUUAGCUGGGCUCUCUUCUAAUACUUAUACCCUUCAUAUCUUGAUGAAUUGCUUCUGCCAGUUGCAACGUGUUGAUCUUGGGUUCUCUGUCUUGGCCAAAGUCAUUAAACUUGGCCUUCAACCCUCUAUUGUCACAUUUAACACCUUAAUCAAUGGGCUCUGUAAAGUGGGUGAAUUUGCCCAAGCCGUGGAAUUAUUUGAUGAUAUGGUGGCAAGAGGGUGUCAACCUAAUGUCUACACUUAUACUACGAUUAUCAAUGGCUUAUGUAAGACUGGGGAAGCUGCCGAGGCUGCUGGAUUGUUUAAGAAAAUGGAAGAGGCAGGCUGCCAGCCGGACGUGGUGACAUACAGCACACUCAUUGACAGUCUUUGCAAAGAUAGGCUGGUGAAUGAGGCUUUAGAUAUCUUCUCUUAUAUGAAGGCUAAAGGCAUUUCCCCAGAUAUUUUCACUUACACCUCUUUGAUCCAGGGCUUAUGCAAUUUCAGCCGAUGGAAGGAGGCUUCGGCAUUGCUAAAUGAAAUGACAAGUUUGAAUAUCAUGCCAGAUAUUGUCACCUUCAACGUGCUAGUUGAUACUUUUUGUAAAGAAGGCAAGGUUUCAGAGGCUCUAGGUGUGUUAAAAACAAUGACUGAAAUGGGUGUGGAGCCUAACGUUGUUACUUACAAUUCGUUGAUGUAUGGAUAUUCCUUGUGUACAAAAGUUGUUGAAGCUAGAAAGCUUUUCGAUGUCAUGAUAACCAAGGGUUUUAAACCUGUUGUUUUUAGUUAUAACAUCUUAAUGAACGGAUAUUGCAAGGCCAAAAGGAUAGAUGAAGCCAAGCAGCUUUUUAAUGAAAUGAUUCAUCAAGGCUUAACUCCGAACAAAGUUACUUACAACACUCUUAUUCAUGGCUUGUGCCAAUUAGGCAGACUUAGAGAAGCACAAGAUCUUUUUAGGAAUAUGCGCACUAAUGGAAACCUCCCAAAUUUACGUACUUACUCAAUAUUGAUUGAUGGCUUUUGCAAGCAAGGGUAUCUAGGUAAGGCAUUCAGGCUGUUUCGAGCAAUGCAAAGUACUCACUUGAAGCCUAAUCUGGUGAUGUAUACCAUCCUGGUUCAUGCCAUGUGCAAAUCUGGUAAUCUUAAAGAUGCAAGGAAACUGUUUUCAGAACUCUUUGUCCAAGGGUUGCAGCCUAAUGUUCAGAUAUACACUACUAUAAUAUUUGGACUUUGUAAAGAAGGAUUGUUAGAUGAAGCAUUGGAAGCUUUCCGAAAUAUGGAAGAAGAUGGCUGCCCUCCUGAUGAAAUUUGUUAUCAUGUUAUUAUUCGAGGAUUUCUCCAGCACAAGGAUGAAUCAAGGGCAGUGCAACUUAUUGGAGAAAUGAGAGACAGAGGUUUUGUUGCAGAUGCAAAGACCAGGUUAAGUGAAGUUGGUUAAGGUGAAAAGGUGAUGUAAAUUUCUCAAUGCUGCAAAUUCAUGGGGCAAAUAUUAUGUAAUUUUUCCUCAACUUGUAAGUUAAUUUUGAGUUCAAUCUUGUCAACAUCUGAACAAUGACACUAGUACAAAAACUAUACAUAAAAAAGGAACACAAAACAUAAUAUAUUUUGCCCGAGAUAUCUGCUAAUAAAACUUCGUGGUCUCUGAUAUACA